AUGGAAACUUUUUUCUACUUUGGAACGAAGUGUAUUAAGUAUCAGAUGUUCAACGCGCUAUUGGUCUUGGUUGUGUUGGCGUUCAUAACCAAAUCAGCUGCGCCUUCUAAUGAUUGUACACCAAAACCAACUGAUCUUGUGUUUGUUCUUGACGAAAGUGCAAGUGUUGGAGAAGAGAAUUUCAAGUUACAAAAUGAAUUUGUCGCCAAGUUUGUGGAAGGAUUUGACAUCGGCGAAUCAAAAACUCAAGUUGCCGUGCUCACAUUUGCAAAUACACCUGAAGUAGAAUUUUAUUUGAAUUCAUUCUACGAUAAAACUCAAAUGUUACAAGCUAUAAGGGAGAUAAACUACACACAUCCAGGAUUGACAAAGACCCAUAUAGCUUUAAUGACUGCCAGGACUGAAUUGUUAGAUCACACCCACGGAAGACGAAGUGACGCUUUACCCUUUGUUAUUGUUAUGACGGAUGGCAGAUCUAUGAUUCCACCAGACACCAUUUCACAAGCCCACCAACUUCACGCACUUAAUGUUACAGUUUUUGCUAUUGGAAUUUCAAGCGAGGUUAACGAAGACGAGUUGCACGGAAUUGCUUCAAGUCCUAAGAACGUCAUUGUUAUUAAUGAUUUUAAAUCUUUAAUGUCAAUAAAGAAGCAGGCUUUGAAUGGUGUAUGUGAAGCUUUAAUGAAAAAGGUCUAUGUAGAAAACGAUACUAUAACUACGCCUUCAACACCUACAACUCCUACAAGAACCACAAAUUCUAUCAUCACCACAGCUCCCAUCACCACAACAUCUGCUACAACAACCACAAAUCCUACCUCAAUAACAACACCAACAACAAUCAAAGCUCCUACGACAAUGAUAAGACCUAGAACAAUCACAACUCUUACCAUAAUAACAACACCAACAACAACAACUCCUACCAUAAUAACAACACUGAUAACAACAACUCCUACCACAACAACAACUCCUACCACAAUAACAACACCUACAACAAUCACAACUCCUACCUUUACCAUCAAGACUCCUACCACUACAACAAGUCCUACAAAAACCACAACCCCUAAUGGAUUCAGCAACAUGAUCCCUACUGCGAAAACAUUUACCGGAACACGUUACGCUAACACCACGAUACAAAGACACAAAUCCCCAAUUCUUAUUCCGGGAUGGUUUCAAAUAAUCAAAAUCGGACUGAUUGCUAUUGCUACUCUUGUUGGCAUUGGGCUUGUUGGAUGUUGUUGUUUCAAGUUCUGUGGAGGUAAAAAAGAAAAAGAUGAAGAUGAGAAGGAUGAAAUAAAUGCUGUAUUAUUUAAUGCUUGA